AUGGCGGGCAGCGCCGGCUAUGGGGAGCUCAGCCCGGGCUCGCUGCGGCGGCGGCUGCGGAGCGCGGAGGAGGCGCAGCAGCGCCAGGCGGGGCUGGUGCGGCAGCUGCAGAACGAGGUACUGCAGUACCAGACCUGGUGUCAAGAGUUGGAGCAGCAAGUGAAAGCCGGAGGGGGAUCCCUUCCAGGCAGAUGGGAAACCACAGCAGACCACAGCCUGGAGAAAGCACUGCUUCAGGUGGAAGAGGAGCAGCAAAGGUGUGAGAAUCUGGCAGAAGUGAACACUCUUCUGCGGGAGCACCUCGAUAAAGCCAGUGAGGUUAAUUCUGCCCUCAAAGAAGAUAUUGGAAAACUGACGGUGGAUUGGAUGAGGGCCCGGGAAGAGCUGGAGUUGAAGGAGAGUGAAUGGCGCAGUGAGCGUGAGCUUUAUGACAGCUACUUAAGAGGGGAACAUAACCGUCUGCUCAGCCUGUGGCGGCAGGUGGUGACCUUCCGCCGCCAUUUCCUGGAAAUGAAGACUGCCACGGACCGAGAUUUGUCAGAGCUGAAGGCAGAACAAAUGAGGCUUUCUGGAUCUAUUAUUGUGAGCUGCUCUCGCCUGAACUCCUGUGUGCAGCUCAGGGAGUCCAUCCCUCUGGGUAAACCUGUCCUCAAGGAUCAGGCAGAGCAGCAAGUGAAACCAGCUCAGGAAGUGGUAGCCUUACAAGUCAGGUGUGACAUGGAGAAGAAAGAGCUUCAGGACAGGGUGAUGGAGCUCUCAGCCUUGCUUGUACAGUCUCAGAAGCAGAACGAGGAGAAGGAGAAGACCAUGAAAACACUUAACGACACAGUGGAGAUUCUAGAAUCAAGUUGGAUAGAGAAAGAAUUUGCAGCUUCAUUGACUAACAGUGCCAAAGAAGAGAUUCUUUUCCUUCAAAAGCUCAUUAAAAAUAUCACUGAGAUGGUGUUAGACAACAGUGACAGCAUGGUCAGCAUUAUCUGCACUGGCAGUUCCCAGCAUGCAGACUCUGGGGACAUCGUCUCAGCUCCAAGAUCUGUUGAUACAGGGCAUGCCUUUGGAUUGGUUCUGGAAGCACUGGCAAGGAUGCGAGGGGCAACACGGGCCCUGAGAGAAGAGCUUUCUGCUAGGCAGGACUCAAACAAAUUCCUGCUGCAGCAGCAGAGAUAUCAGGAAGAGAAGUGCAGGGAGGUGCAGCAAAGGCUUGAGCAACUGGAGGAGAAAUGCAAGAAGUCCAGCAGCCACCAACAGCACCUUCAAUCUUUAGUAGAAACACUCAGAAGUGACUGUACAAACCUCGAGAAAACUAGGGAAGAACUACAAGAACAGCUUGGAUUAAGGGAGCGAGAAGCCUCAUGUCUGCAUCAGAGUAACGCUGAGCUGCAGAUGAAGGAAGAGUCAGCCCAGGCAGAAAAGGCAGAGCAGCAGGACAGGAUGGAGAGAGCACGCCGUGAGCAGGAGCUCCUAGUGAAGGACUUGGCUGCACUUGAGGAAAAACACUCAUUACUGCAGAGCGAGUUGGUAGUCAAGAAACAGACAGUGGAGAAAUUGCAGCUUCAGAAGGAUCUGCUGGAGCAAGAGAAGGAUGAAUUUGCCAUGGCUCUGGAGAAGGCAGAGCGGUCAGUGGCAGAGCUGACAGGGGCUCAGAACAAGCUGAAUGCUGAAAGAGCCGAUCUACAGGCUGCAGCAGCAAAGAUGAGCAGCAUCAAUGAAGCUCUUGCAUUGGACAAAGUGCAGCUGAACAAAUAUGUGUGGCAGCUGGAGCAAGAGAAGGAAGUUUUGUCUGCUAAAGUGGAUGAGAUGGAGAGAGCAAAGAUCUGUGAGCAGGAGAAGCUGAACUUCUGUGAAAGAGCAAACAAAGAGCUCUGUGCAGAGAAAGCCCGGCUAGAGCAGCUGCUGAAGGAAGCAGAGGAGCAACGGGAGGAGCUGUGGCUGGAACUUAGGACACUGGGAGAAGAGAAAGCAGAAACCCAGGAGAAAUUCCGUCAGGUUUCCCAGGAGCAAGAGUCGUUGAGCAGGGCUCUGGAGCAGCUGCGCCAGGAAUCCUCUGGCCAAGGGCAUGAAAUGGCUCAGGUGUGCAGAGAGAAGGAGCUGCUGGGCCGGGAGAAGGCUGCCCUUGAGGGCCGACUGGCAGCCACAGAGCGCCACCAACAUGACCUUUCCAAGCAGCUGGCAGAGACCAGGUCAGCAAAGGAGAGCCUGGAAUCCAGGCUGUUUGCUGCUCAGCAGCAGAUAUCUCAACUGGAGGUGACCAGGAACCAUCUGGAAGCUCAAGUGUUCACAGUCACACAGGCCAAGGAGGUGAUAGAAGGAGAAGUGAAGUGCCUGCAACAUGAGCUGGAAGCAGAGAGAGCUCUCAGGAGGCAGGAACAGGAAGACACAGUUCAACAGCUCCUGCAGGCAGAGCAGCAGCAUCACGAAAGCCUCAGGCUUCAGGGAACUGCUCAGCAACUGGAAAUAAAGAAGCUCCUGCAAGACCUGGCAAGUGAGUGCAAAGGGCACCGUGCAGAGAUGCAGGAGACGCUGGAGCAAUGGGAAAAAGAGAAGGCAGAGAGAGAGCAGGAGCACAAGAAGGUGGUGUUUGAGAUGAGGCAGGAAGUUGCCACCCUGCUGGCCCAACAAGAAGAGGAACGAACUAGAUUUGAAAAUGCCAAGCGAGAGGUGCUGCUGGAAGAGCAGAAGGAGAAGAGUGCUUUAUCAGAGGCACUGCUCCAAACUCAGGGAGAGCUCAGCCGAGCCCACCAGCAGGUCCAGCAGCUCAGGCAGGAGGUGAAAGAGCAGCAAGAAAAGGGGCAGACCAUCAAGGCAAAUCUGCAAGCUGAGCUGCAGGAAGCUCGCAGUGAAGUCCAGGCAGCGCAGAGGAGGCACAAGGAAGAGCUACAAGGCCUCAAAGAAGAAAUGAAUCUGCUCCUUGAGCAGAGGGAGGCUCUACAAAAGCAGGUGGGAGAGUUGACAUCUCAGCUGGCAGCCUGCCGAGAGUCCCAGGAAAUUACUGUCCAGAGAGCCCAGCAAGAUGUGAGGGAGGCCCAGGAAGAGUCCAGGCAGAAGCUGCUGGAGGUUGAGCAUGUCCAGAAGAUGCUGGAGGAGGCAGAAAAUCAGAACAAGGAGCUGCAAGUGCAUCUGCAGAAGUUGGAGAGGGAAAGGAAUCAAUGGGAAGAAGUGGCACAGCAAAAUUCAGAAUUGCAGGCUACCGUGAAUGCCCUAGAGAAGGAAAAAGCCAGGCUGACUCUGUCUCUGGAAGAAAAGGAUCUGAGUCUCAGAACCCUGGAAGAAAACAACCUGGCCCAGAUCAAUCAGGUGUCACAGCUUCGUUCUGCCCUUACCCAGGCUGAGGAGCUCCACUCAGAGCAUAGAAGAGAAAUGCAGGAGCUCAACACCCAGAUCUGGGCCCUGCAGGACACAGUGCUGCAGAUGGAGGCUUCCCAGGCAACUCGAGAGAAGCAGCUGCUGCAGGAACUGCAGGAGUCUCGAGCAGGAGAAUGUGCUUUGAGGGACUCUGUGGACGUGCUGGAGGCUGAGGUGUCUGAGCUGCGUGUGAGGCUCCAGAGCUCUGAGAACAGAGCAGAGGCCUUGGCCACACAGUGUCAACAGGCCAGUGGUGCCCACCAGGAAACACAAUCCCAGCUGGACAAACUGCUCUUGGUUCUCCACCACAUGAUCAGGGACAGCAGAGACUUGGUCACUUGGAGCUCAGAAGAGGGUCAUGUCCUGGGCCUAACUGCUUCUCAGGCCGGAGAUGUCCCUGCAGAGCUCACAGUGGACAGAGUGGCAGCAGCUCUGCAAGACCUGCAGCAGCACCUGGAACAUUCCCAGAAAGAUCUGAAUGAUGCAAGGAAGAAGAUACAGGCCUUGGAGCUGGAGCUGGGCACAGGGCAGGAUCAGAUGGACAAUCUCAGAGCCAGCAAUCAGGAGCUGCAGAUACAGUUGGAUGAAAGUCGGGCAGCAAUGUUGAGGGCAGAGCACCAGAAGACUUCUCUAGAAACUGCCUUGAAGGAAGAAGCCAUUGCCCUGCAGGAAGAGGCUGUGACUCUUCGUCAGGAGGGGGCAUCUCUGCAGAGGAAAUUGGAGAGCCUGCAGAAGGAAAGGAAGGAUGUGCUGCAUGAACGGGACAGGCUGUACGCAGAUAAAGAAAAACUAGAGUACGAGAUAAAACUUCUGGAGGAAUCAGUCGCAGCCUCUGAAACCCGAGCAAAUACAGCAAUAGACAAGAAUCACUCCCUUGAACAAGAACUCCAAACCGCCCUGUCCAUAUUAAAAAUUAAAAAUGAGGAAGUGCAAAACCAGGGGAAGAAAAUGGAGAUUCUUCAGAAAGAGGCAGCAGAGACCAAUGCUUUGCAGGAGCAUCUCACUCGUGUGACUGCCAUCCUGUCAGAGAGGGAGGAAGAAAUGAAGUUGUACCAAGAGCAGAUUAGAAUGUUGGAAAAGCAGAAAGAAAUGCAUAAAACUACUCUUAAUCAGGUUAUUAAGGACAUAACAGAGAAAGAACAGAAGGUGGAAUCCCAACAGGAACAGAUACAGGAGCUGGAAAAGCAGCAAGAAAAGCAAAGGAUUGUUUUAAGCAAAAUGAGCCAAGAGCUGGAAGAGAAAGACCAAGAGAUCAGAUCCCAGCAAGAACUAAUAAGGGAGCUAGAAAAGCAGUUAGAAUUGCAGAACUCUGCUGUCAGCAGGGUGAGCAAAGAGCUGGAGGAGAGACACCUGGAGAUCAAAUUCCAGGAGGAGAAAAUAAUGAUUCUAGAACAGCAUGGUGCAGUACAAGUCAGAAAUCUGCUUGUGGAUCUUGAUGAUAUGAAAGGAAACCUGAAGGAGAAAAGGUUGGAGCUUCUUUCUCUGACUCAGCAGAUUCAAGAACUGGAAAAGGAGAGAGAAGAUGUGAAAUCUCUAAAUGCUAGUCUUGAACACCUCAGGACUGUUCUUAAGGACAGAGAGAGUGAGUGUGACACUCAAAGGGAAGAGUUAAGGCUCUUGCAGCAGCACAAGGAACAGCAAGACAGGCAUCUGCAAGAGCUUCUUGGUAAAGUAGAAAUCAUGACACUUUCUUUAGAUAAAAAAAAUCAAGAGCUUGAGUCACAACAAAAGCAAAUGCAGGAAGUUGAAGAAGUCAUGGAGAUGCAGUUAAAGACUGUCCGUGACCAACUGGAGCAGACCUUAGCAACCUUAAAAGAAAAAGACAGACUUAUGGACAUCCAAAAGCAACAAACAAGGAGCUAUGAGGAAAAAAAAGAGGAACAGAUUAAUGUCUUGCACAGAGACUUAGAAUACUCUAGGACAAUAUUGAAAGAAAAGGAUUUAAUGAUUGAAUCUCAGAAGGAACUGAUUGAGACCUUCCAAAAACAAAAGCAAGACUCUGAACAGCAGAAGCAAAUUCUGCAGUGUCUUCAAGUGGAACUAAAGGAAAAAGAGCAGGAAAUUUUGUCCCUUAGAAAGCAAUGUGAGGCAUGCAAGGAAAAGGAGGAAAAGCAUGAAGCUGAGCAAAGAAAUUUCCAUGCAACAACACUGACUCUGAAAGAAAAAGAAGACAAGAUUUGUGUUCUGGAGGAUGCCAUCACAAAACUUCAACAGCAGAAGGAAGAGACAGCGGUGCAGACUAAAGCCAUACUGCAAAAACUAGAAUACACUGAAUCUUCCCUCGAAGCUAGAGAUCAAGAGAUUGUGUCUUUGCAAGAGUAUGUCCAGGACCUUCGAGAGCAGAAGGAGGUGGCAGGCAAGCAGGCCAAAAGUCUAGAGCAGGAUCUAGACAAAGCAAGCCAGAUAUUGAAGAAGAACAAUUUUGAGUUCCUCAAGCAGACAGAGCAAAUGAACACGUUCCAGCUUCGUGAAGAAAGCAUGAAAGUAGCACUAACAUCAUGCCAGAAGCAAGUGACUCUACUUGAGGAAGUGGUGAGGAAGAAAGAUGAGGACAAUGAUGCUCUUAUGCAAAAACUCCAGCAUGUAGAAGAAGAACUGAAGACUUUGCAGAAUCUCCAGCUUAGGCUAACUGAGAAGAAUGAAGAGGUUAGACAUAAUGGAGAGCAAGAGCUCCUGAAAGAAGCCUUCCCUGAGAGAGAAGGAGAGAUCAAGGCUCAAAGUGAGCAAAAGCAGUUAGAAGUGGAAAUAAGAGCUCUUCGGGAAGAUCUCCAGCAUGUUCAGCAGACUCUGAUAAAGAAGGAUAAAGAGAUCAAGUACCAGACAGACAGAGUCAAGUAUUUAAAAAAUACUCUGAUAGAGAGAGAACAAGAGCUUAGGAGGCAGAGUGAACUCCUGAAAGAAUUAACAUUGGCUUUACAAUGGAAAGAUGAAGGGGAAACCCUAAAGAAACAAAUCCAAAAACUCCAAAAAUGGGAGGAAGAAGUAGACAAGAGAAAAAUUCUCCAGGAGAGAGACCAUCUCUUGCAAAGGCAGAAGGAAAUUACCCAACAGUUGGAAGCUGAGAGGGAAGCCAAUGGCGAAGAGUUGGAAUGUGUGGCUGCUGUUUUGAAGCAGAGAGAAAGCAGAGAACAUGAAUGGAGAGAGAAUGCUCAAGUCCUGAGUGCUGCACUGAGCAAGAGUGACAUGGCCAAUGGGAAUCUGAAGAAAGAAAUAACCAUCCUGCAGAGAAUGAUUUCAGAGAGAGACACAGACCGAUUUCAUCAACAGCAGGCUGUUGCUGAAGGGGAGCAGCUGUCACGGCUGUCAGAGAAGAGACUCAUGUUGCAGAGCCUGGAAUGUCUGCAGCAAGCAGUUGCAAAGCUGGAAGCUGAAAAGAUGGAGCUCAAGCAACAAAACACUGAACUCAGGAGGACUCUCGAGCAGGUGGAACACGAACGGAGGAGACUGAAGAGAUGUUUUAGGGGUCGGUUACUCCCAGAUGCCUCUGAAUUUCCUCUCUCUGAGUCUGAGCAGUGCAAGUUGGCUGCUUCUAGACAGGAGGAGUCUCAUGCUCACUGCACUCAGCGCUUAGCUGAAUUACAGAACCAGGUGUCCCUGCUGCAGUCACAGCUGGCCCAAGACCGACAGCACCGGCAGAACUACAUUGAGAGCUGUGCAAGGACCAGCCAGGAGCUGUCAGACCUUCACGAGGAGCUGUCCUGCUCCUUUGCAGCUGUGCUCAAGGAGCCCAAAGCUGCUGUUCUGGAAGAAGAGACUCGGAAGUUGGAUCGGUCUCUGAACCUUAACUCGGCACUGACAUCCCUGGGCCAUCAGUCUCUGGAGAGACAGCCAGAGCAUCCAAGAGCCAGACCUGCCAGAAGCAAUGAUGACCUGAGGUAACAGCAUCUCUGGUCUCCAUUUGAAUGGAACGAUUUCUCCUAAGACAAAGAGCUCAUGGAUGUGAAAAAUGGGAUCAACUCCUUGGGGCAGGACUACUCCCUGCCUUAAACAUCUGUUGGUUUCACAUUCGGCUGGUGUCAAACCUCACCUUAUGUUGAGGAUUAGGAUCUAUGAAACAUUAUUUCAUGAAGUAGAUGAUUUCUGGGACCAAAAUGUGAAUAUGUGAGAACAACAACACAGGUAAGGAGAGAGAAUGAUGUAUGGAGAAUGAAGCCCAAACAAAAAAUGAAUAAUCCUUGAACAGUAAAACUUAUGAGUGACAUCUGUCCAAGGGCAGCUACUUAAAAGAAAAGGACACAAAGAGUGCGCUACAAACAAUUAAAGUAACAUAACAGUUUGUGGUGUUUGCAUUUGCAAGCAUCUUCUAGGGAUGGGCAUUUUAAUUUUUUUUAAUAAAAUGUUUUUCAGAAGAAAAUUAUACUCAUUUUCACUGGCACAGUGAGGCUACUGCAAGCUCUUACACAAUUUCCCUUCUUGAGGGCAGGGGUGUUCCCUGCAACAAGUAAUGGGAAUUUGAGGUGUGAUCAAACAAAGGGGUGAAGAGUGCACAGCAGGGAUCAAAAUUCAGUGAGAAAUGGGGCUGCCCUUCCCUUCUCCCUUCUCUUCCCUUUUUUCCUCCAAAGGAUUGGUGGCUUUGCCCCAACAGCCAGCCCGAGGGACAGCUCAGCUGCUCUCCACAGGCUGUCAGUGCCCAGCUCCAGCCCUGCCACAGCCCGAGGCCACGGACACGUGGGGAGGGUGUCCUGGGCAGGGGGACCUGCUGUCCACCAGCGGCUGAAUCCCCUCCUUCCCGUGCUGCCCACGCUGCUGGGAAUGCAGCCCAGGACAUGGGUACUUUCAGGGCCAAUGCAGGGAGAGGUGUCCUCUGACUCUUACCCUUUCAGUCUUAUCUUAUUCUCUUAGCUUAACUGUCAGCCCAGCAACUCUGUAUCUAUAGGGUCUCUAGGUCAUCUACAGGGUCCCUGAGGAGCUGGCCAGGCUCAAACACAGGUGAAGGAAGCCAGAACCCUCUCCUUGGUCCCCUCAUACAGCUGCUUUCCUGCCCUAAACUCUUUUCUAGUUCCCCCAGGAUGUGACAGAUUGCAGGGAGGAAGAGUGGAGCAGGAUGUGGCUGGGGCAACGUCUCACCUCUCACCACCAAGUCCAGGUGUUGCUGACAGCAGACCAUUCUAUCGAAGCAUUGAAGGUGUAGCACUGGCAGCUGUAGCGGCCACUGUCACCUUCCUGCACGAGGGAGAGGUUGUAGUCACCUCGUUCCCUGGGGAGU